AUGGCAUCGAUAUCAUUCCGUGGCAACAACUAUGCUCUCCAAGUUGGAAUUAACCGUGGCUCGAUAGACUUCCAUCUACCUCCAGGUAAGUUAGAGGAGCGGGACAAGCUGGUCGUGACUAAUCGCCGCAUCCUAGUGCGACCGGAAACCCCACCCAGCCCUCUAUCCACUGUCCCGUUCGCGCGUGAUCAAGGCUUUGUCAGUCGCGACACGCUACUUCUUCAGAUCCACCAGAAAAGCUCAGUGCCAGGGUCAAGGAUAGCACUGGUUGGCCUUGGCGGCGUCGGUAAAUCGCAACUUGCCAUCGAAUACUCCUACCAAGUCCGAUCCCAAUCGCCGGCGACAUGGGUGUUUUAG